GGCUGGAAGCCCCUGGUUGCUCCUGCGCAUGCGCUGCUCCCGCUGCUCGUGGCGGGCUUCCCGCGCGGUUUAGUAACGGCCCGCCCCUCCAGACCUUAAAGGCCGGCGACCCUGGCUCCGCGGCAGCCGGGUGUGAACCCGCGGGCGACUGGUCUGGCCUUCCUGUUCUUAAGCCUUCCUUCUAGUCGUCUGCGCCCCCUUUCAAGCCAUGGGGGACCCGCCGCCCAACCCUGAGGCCCCUUCCCAGCAGUCCUCGAGCCGGAGGGGCUCCCAGGCCCAGGAGCAGCGGCGCAGCUGGGACCCCUCGCAGGCCCAGGCGCAGCGGCACAGCUGGGACCCCUCGCAGGCCCAGGCGGCGUUCGGCAACGAGGUGCAGCAGGCCCUGCUGAACCAGCAAAGGGGCAGCCGGGGCAGCCGGCCCAGUCAGGAGUUGCCGACGAGCCAGACCAACCUCCGCUGGUCACAGGGGGGCAACUUGCCCGAAGAUGAGAACUUGCUGCUGUACCAAGCGGAGGAAGGUAUAAUGGGCGGCGUGGAGUACCAGCCCUCGAGUGCAGGCUUUCCCUUGCAGUUCCAGACCCGGACUUACCUGGAUGAAAGCAGAAUCCCAGUGGAGGAACAAACCACCGACCUAAUGCAGCAGCUGCAGCAGCUGCAGCAGAGCCAAGGCGGCUUCUUCCAACAACUGGAAUCCCCUGUCUACCAGGACCCUGGGGCCAAUGUCUUGGGCCAGUACAGCAUGUACCAGACAGAUGACCCGCAGUUCAUGCAAAACACAGAACAUGGGCCCUACCUAAGGGAUGACCCUGCCCUGCAUUUCUCACCCUCUGAGAUGGGCUUCAUGAAUUUCGGUAUGGAGAUGCCUGAGCCGCAGCCUCGGGAGCUGGCUGUGCAGAAUGCCAAGGCCUACUUGCUGCAGACAAGCAUCAGUUGCGACCUCAGCCUGUACGAGCACCUGGUGAACCUGCUGACCAAGAUCCUGAACCAGCGGCCCGAGGAACCCCUGUCGAUCCUGGAGUCUCUGAACCGCACCACGCAGUGGGAGUGGUUCCACCCCAAGAUGGACACGCUGCGGAAUGACCCAGAGAUGCAGCCCACCUACGAGAUGGCAGAGAAGCAGAAGGCGCUGUUCAGUCGGGGCGGGGGCGGCGGCGGCGGCGAGGGCGAGCAGGAGAUGGAGGAGGAGGUGGUCGAGACCGCGGUGCCCAACAUCAUGGAGGCCGCCUUCUACUUCGAACAGGCCGGGGUGGGCCUGAGCUCGGUGGAGAGUUUCCGCAUUUUCCUGGCCCUGAAGCAGCUGGUGGAGCAGCAGCCCAUCCACACGUGCCGCUUCUGGGGCAAGAUCCUGGGGCUCCAGCGCAGCUACCUGGUGGCCGAGGUGGAGUUCCGGGAGGGCGAGGAGGAGGCCGAGGAGGAGGAGGUGGAGGAGCUGAUGGAGGGCGGCGAGGUCGUGGAGGCGCACGGCGAGGAGGAGGGAGAGGAGGACCAGGAGAAGGCGGUGGACGUUAUCCCCAAGCCCACGUGGAAGCCGCCGCCAGCCAUCCCCAAGGAGGACAGCCGCACCGGCGCCAACAAGUACCUGUAUUUUGUGUGCAACGAGCCGGGCCGGCCGUGGACCCGGCUGCCGCACGUCACGCCCGCGCAGAUCGUGCACGCCCGCAAGAUCAAGAAGUUCUUCACCGGCCACCUGGACGCGCCGGUCAUCAGCUACCCGCCCUUCCCCGGCAACGAGGCCAAUUACCUGCGCGCCCAGAUCGCGCGCAUCUCGGCCGCCACCCACAUCAGCCCGCUAGGCUUCUACCAGUUUGGCGAGGAGGAGGGCGACGAGGAGGAGGAGGGCGGCGCGGGCCGAGACUCAUUUGAGGAGAACCCCGACUUUGAGGGCAUCCCAGUGCUCGAGAUGGUCGACUCCUUGGCCAACUGGGUGCACCACAUGCAGCACAUCCUGCCGCAGGGCCGCUGCACUUGGGUGAACCCUUUGCAGAAGACAGAGGAGGAGGAAGAGCUGGGUGAGGAGGAAGAGAAGGCGGAUGAGGGAAUAGAGGAGGUGGAGCAGGAGGUCGGGCCCCCACUGCUGACACCGCUCUCCGAGGAUGCAGAAAUCAUGCACCUGUCACCCUGGACCAUCCGCCUGUCCUGCACCCUCUGUCCGCAGUACUCGGUGGCCGUGGUGCGCUCCAACCUCUGGCCAGGGGCCUACACCUACGCGAGUGGCAAGAAGUUUGAGAACCUCUACAUUGGCUGGGGCCACAAGUACAGCCCCGACAACUUCAACCCGGCCCUGCCAGCCCCCACUCAGCAGGAGUACCCCAGCGGCCCGGAGAUCACGGAGAUGAACGACCCCACGGUGGAGGAGGAGCAGGCCCUCAAGGCUGCCCAGGAGCAGGCCCUGGCGGCCGCAGAGGAGGAGGAAGAAGAUGAGGAGGAGGACGAGGAUGAGGACCUGGAAGACUGAGCCCCUUUUCCCAAGCAGGUAGACAGCAGCUUUCCCUUAUAUAUAGUUAGUUUUGAGCUGUUUUCUCGCUACUGAUUUGCUUCCCGCCCCUGGAGGGCAGAAAGGAAGCUUCUCAAAAUAAACUCGGUCCCGCCCCCCCAGCAGGGCCAAGUCAUUCA